AUGUCGGAAGAAGAGAUCUUCCAGUUGGAGAAGCGGGCAUUCUUCAGUAAGACAUGGCUCUUCGUCUGUCACCAGAGCAGAUUCGGCAAGCCGGGAGACUAUCAUGCAUUUGAUGUGGCCGGUAUCUCAUUCUUCGUAGUCCUGGGCAGAGAUAUGAAGCUCCGAGGUUUCCAUAACGUCUGUCGGCACCGAGCAUAUACCGUGGUACGGAAAUCUUGCGGCACGUCGACGAGGUUCUCGUGCAAGUAUCAUGGAUGGCAGUACGACGACAAGGGCGGCUUGGUCAAGGCUCCCAAAUUCGACGAAUCUCCAGGUUUCGUGCGCGACGAGAAUGGCUUGUUCGAGGUCAAGCUGAUAGAGACGAGAGAGGGGCUGGUAUUCGUCAACUUCGAUGCCAGUACGAUGAAACUCCCGUUCAACAAUGUAAAGUCUCAUGUUGACCUCGGGAACUGUUCUUGGGUCGACGGAAUGGAAGUGACGUGCAGAACGAACUGGAAGACUGUCGCGAACGAGUUCUCCAAUCAAGCACAAUGGUCUCAGAGUCCGUUCGGUUGGUUUUCUGCACUCCGAAAGUCAAAGAUCGUGAGGUUGCUCGGCCCGUUGAGCAGCAUCAAGGAGCUGGAUGAUGAUCUGUGGUGCACGAUGGUGCUCCUACCCCGGUCAAGCUCCGAAGUCAUUGUCCGGUGCGAUCUGUACGCGAAGGAAGGCCAAGUGGCUCCGGCAAAGACUUUAGAGAAGCGGAAGUGGAUGUUGGAGCAGGAAUUGAUGGCCGUGACCAAAUCAGGCGCAGAAGAAAAGAGCUUGACAGGCCAACGGUAUUUUGCGUAUCAAUGUGGAGGUCGCACAAUCGAUUUGUUUGCAAUUCUGGCUCAGCACCAACGGUCCGAGAAGAUGGCCAAGAGGAAGCUGCAACCUGCCAUCCGCCUCACGGGCACGGCCGACAUCGACACCGAGGCCGAAGCUCUGUGUGAUGCACUCGAGGGUGCGGCUGAUGCGCCGUCAUUGGAAAUGUGUUCGCGAAUGUCCAGCUUCCCUCACACUGUCGAGUGGUGA